CGUGGACUGCGAGGGCCCGUCCAACGCUGCUCGCAGCUUUAAUUUUGGCUAACAUCUGCUGGACUUUAUUUUGAAGGACAGAAGUGUACCGGAUGUGGAUGUCGCUAGCUUGCCGCUGCUCCGUGCUUCUCCUCCGGCCAGCCUCCGACAGGAGCUACACAUCAUGCGUGGCCCACUAGAAAUCGGUGACUGCGAUGGUCUGGAGGAUGAAGCGUUCCCUCCUCUCCCACCGCCUCAGUCCCCCGGCCAGGGAGGACAAGAUGAAGGAGACCCCUUUGGAAAUGACGAGGAAAAUGGCGACGUGUCCAAGCUGGAAGAGGUUCCUGCUGCUAAAAGAAAAGGAGUGAAGAGGCCGCAGCCCAAACUGGACUCUAACAGGCUGAUCUCAGACAGAGGACUUCCAGCUCUGCGAACACUGUUUGAUGACGUCCGUUUCAAAGGCAAAGGGCACGAGGCGGAGGACCUGCAGCGGCUGAUGCAUAAGAUGGAGAACUGGGCCCACAGGCUGUAUCCAAAACUGCAGUUUGAGGAGUUUAUCGACAAAGUGGAGAAACUCGGCAAGAAGAAGGAAGUGCAGACGUGUCUGAAACGGAUCCGACUGGACAUGCCGCUGACACACGAGGACUACGUGGGUAAUGGUGAAGAAGCAGCAGCUCCUGAAUCUCACGUCUUCGGGGAUCCAGAUCCGUUCAACAGCACAGUUUUCCCAACCAACCUGCCGGCGCCGGUCCACUCCACCCCGGCUCCAGCUGCUCCACCUUCUCCCUCUCCAGCAGCUCCUUCCUCCUCCCCAGCUGCACCGUCUCUGACCGAGGAGCAGCGUAAACGCAUGGAGCUGAACAGGCAGCGAGCUCUGGAGAGGAAGCUCGCCCGCCAGCAGCAGCAGCAGCAGACAGAUCUUUCAGACUCGCAGACGGUUGAGCCGUCCACGUCGGCAGACGAACCCGCGUCCGUCUCCUCUGCAAACGUCCUCAACACCUCUGAAAAUCAGGACGAGGAGAUGGAGGAUUUGGACCUGAAGCCGACCAGCAGCAGCACACAAGAGCCCAACGAGCAGCCACACAAAGACUCUGAAGCGUCUGCUGAAUCACCUCAGAGUGAGAAAGAGGAAGACGCCAGCAUCAGUCGGCUCCAUCAGCCCAGUAAUGAGUGUGAGGACGGAGAUUAAAGCCGAAGAGCAGCGCACAGAAAACUUGUUCCUCUGGUUCCUGCCUGAAACAGACGACCCGAGCGAUUCCUUUAUGUUUUAUACUUUAUGUCAGUAACUAAAACACGCCUGCCUGAUGUUAAGGUGCCGUGUUGUUCAUGUAGUGAUGAAGUGAGUGUGGCAACAUAUUAAAACAUUAUUCUGUUCUGGUGAAAUGUCUGAAACUGUGAGCUCAGUUGUCUCAUCAGUGAGAAGUCGCUGCAUAAUUAAUGUUUCUUACUUGUGAUUUUAUAACGGUGAACAACAAUAAAGAUUUAACUUUAAAUUGAA